CUGAGGUGAUCAACUAGCUAGUUUUUCUCACCUUUACAAACCCACUUGACUUCUAACUCCCAAGAAGUAAGUAAACUAGUUGAGUGUAGAAUCCCAACAUAAAUAUGAAGAAACAAUCUUUAGGAAUCCUAUACAUAUACACAUAUGCAUAUUAAGGAAACGAAAAAGGAAAACCAAUCUGAAGAAAGCUGGCAGAGAAUAAAACAGAGGAACAUCCAUGGCCCCCACAUAUGAAGCCUUCAACAAGUAGUAUAUAAACCUCCCUUGGCCAUUCAAACAACAUCACCAAACUCAUUGAAAAAUUAAGAUAAACCUCCCUUACCCUUUCAAACAAGAUCGCCGAACUCAUUGACAAAUUAAGUUCUCUCUUCUGCAACAAGCUUUUUAGUACAGACCAAGCAGAGCUUCUACUAAGCCUUUUCUUACCCUUCAGAGAGGAAUUAAGAAUGAGCUGGGCAGGAGGAGAUUGGAUGUGUGGUGCAUGCCAGCACUUGAAUUUUAAGAAGCGCGACACAUGCCAACGUUGCGAGUACCCCAAGUAUGGUGGCCCUGAUCCAUCAACAUAUAUAUGCAACAGGACGGAGGUGUUGGCAGGGGACUGGUACUGCAACUGUGGAACUCACAACUAUGCCAGCAGACCCAAUUGCUUUAGAUGUAGUGCAAUGAAAAGUGACUAUGGCGGUGCCUAUAGCAUGAUGCCUUCUGCUGCCUAUGGAUCUGAUGGCAGUUCCCCACCUGGAUGGAAAUCUGGUGACUGGAUGUGCAAUAGAGUUGGAUGUGGAGUGCACAAUUACGCGAGUCGGACAGAAUGCUUCAAAUGCAAAACACCAAGAGAUUAUGGUCUGUAACACAUGCUCUAUUUUGAUCAAGUGGUGCUGUUGAAGAAAAUGGAGUGUAGAAGACUCUCUUAUGCACCAUCUUCAUCAUAUCUCUUUUCGCACUGAUCCCUCGUCAAAUGCUGUCUAUUUUUUUUCCUCUACUUUUCUUUUUAGAGAAAAAUAAGCUUAGGUUGAUCAUGGUUGAAGGCACAUUUGCACAGGCAUAGCCAUUCCACUGACAACUGUAUUAGGGAGGGUUUUCUAGAUUCAUGUUGCAAGGAAGGUGCUCUUCCAUGAAUCCCAGAAAUCCCUUCUUCUCUCUCUCUAGUUUUAAAUUAAUGGAGUAACUAAGUUUGUCUGUACCUAUCAUCUCUCUCUCUCUCUCUCUCUCUCUCUCUCUCUCUCUCUCUCUCUCGGGUUGUGUGUGUGUGGGGAACAUGCAAAAUUGAUAAUGCAUUACUACUUUUGUCAUGAGAUGGUCCAACAUUGGCAGUGGCUACAAAGAUCGACAGAGAAAUUCAAAAAAAAAAAAAA